GAAAAAUUUAACUUGCCCCCAUUAUAACCAAGUUCCAAGAGAAAAACAAAUACUCUGUUUCGUUGGAUUCAUUUUGUAGGAUGGAAAAAGAUCAUCCAACCCAGCCCUGUGGUGGAUGAAUGGAAGAGGAGGUGAGAUCAGAUGGAGCUUUGAAGAGUUGGGAUUCCAAUCCAGGAAAGUGGCCAAUAUACUCACAGGCCGAUGUGGGCUAUGCAAAGGCGACAGAAUCCUGCUCAUUCUACCCCGGAUUCCAGAAUGGUGGCUGGUGGCCACUGCUUGCAUUAGGACAGGAAUUGUCAUCAUCCCUACAACAUCUCAAUUAACUGCUAAGGACAUAGAGUACAGACUCCAAGCUUCGGGAGCCAAAUGUCUCAUCACUACAGAUGCCUUAGCACCUGCAGUGGAUUCCAUUGCCCCAAACUGUAACUCCCUGAGAACCAAACUGCUGGUAUCUUCUGAAGGCAAGCGAGAAGGAUGGCUGAACUUUGGUGAACUGCUCAGAGAAGCUCCUGCCAACCACACUUGUGUGAAAACAAAGAUGCAUGAUCCCAUGAUGAUUUAUUUCACCAGUGGAACCACAGGGGCUCCCAAGAUGGUUGAACACACUCAAGGAAGUCUCGGGUUCAGACCCAUCAUUGGCAAAAGAUAUUGGCUGGAUGCAACCCCUUCAGAUAUUGUAUGGAACACAGCAGACACUGGCUGGGUGAUGGCUGUCCUGGGUUCGUUUUUUGACCCAUGGGUUUUUGGAUCAUGUGUCUUCAUCCAUCGCCUAUCACAGUUAGAUACAACAACCAUCCUAAGUACUCUUUCCCAAUUUCCAGUCACCAUUUUUGUGAGUGCUCCAACCUUGUUUCGCCUGCUUGUGAAGGAAGAUCUCACCAGUUACAAGUUCAUGAGCCUGCAGUACUGUAUGAGUGGAGGAGAACUAUUAAAUUCUGAAGUGAUGGAACAGUGGAAAAACAAGACAGGACUGAACAUCUAUGAAAUUUAUGGACAGACAGAAGCAGGCAUAAUUUGUGCAGUGUCAAAAAAAAUGAAAAUUAAGCCUGGCUCGAUGGGAAAGGCUGCUAUUCCUUAUGAUGUCCAGAUUGUAGACCAAGACGUAAAUAUUUUAUCUCCUGGGAAAGAAGGUGAAAUAGCCAUCAGAGUGAAGCCCGAAAGACCACUUGGUCUGUUCACUCAGUACAUUGAUGCUCCCCAAAAAAUGGCCAUGACAGAACGAGGGGACUUUUUUCUCACUGGAGACAGAGGAGUGAUGGACGAAGAUGGAUACUUUUGGUUUAUAGGACGAGCUGACGAUAUCAUCAACUCUUCUGGGUAUCGUAUUGGACCAUUUGAAGUAGAAAGUGUGCUCUUGAAGCAUCCAGCUGUAACAGAAGUUGCUGCUGUCAGCAGCCCAGAUCCAAUCAGAGGAGAGGUAGUAAAGGUGUUUGUGGUGUUGUCUAUGGGCUAUUCAACACAAGACAAGGAGAAAUUAACUUUGGAGCUACAGGAACAUGUGAAAAAAAUGACUGCGCCAUACAAAUACCCAAGAAAGGUUGAAUUUGUCCAGCAGCUGCCAAAAACCAAUACAGGGAAGAUCCGACGGAAUGAAUUAAGAGACCAAGAAUGGGGCUGAGUUUAAAUCUAUAGAAAGUUUGCUUUAUCUC